GAAACAUGUCAAAGUGUCUCUAGCGCCCCCUCUCUUCAUCAGGCAGCUAUACGAACUGCAGUUGUCGUCGAGCGCUCAGUGUGAGUGAUCGCAGCUGGAGAGACAAUAAGAGCGACGCGCGCACAGCCACAUUCGGACUUGCUAUGGACCAGCACCACGAUUUAUUGAGCUCCUCACCCAAUAGCCACACAGCACAUUACAACUCUGCCGACACCAUGGCAACCUCCCUUUCUGGAAUGACCAUCAAAGAUCAUCACCAUGGCAAUCAGUUCCAUAAGGAGAAUGGAGUUGCGGUGGGGCUUGUGAGACCAGGCGACUGUCCAAUGAAAGAGGGUCCCCAGGAUUCAAGAGAGGAGCAGACAGAAGAUCAGCCCAUGGCUGUGGAAGUGGCGAGUGAUGGAGGUCCUGGGGCCACAGCUCAGUCCAAGACCAAUGGUGAUGCUGACAAGAGGACCCCAAAAAACCCCAGCAGCAAAGUCAGACCCUCCUCCCUAAAAACACCUUCCUUCAUCCCGAAAAAGUCCCCGGCCUUCUUUAGUAGAUCUCCUUCGGUAUCUGCCAGCAGUGCUGGGCAAUCCAGGGCGAGAGCUCCUAGUAGUGGUAGACCCCAUGCUGCUGGAACGAAGAUUCCUGCCAUGACUGCGGUUGCCAAAAAUGGAAAAGACUCUUUUAAGACCCCUGAGACAAGCGGGCACAAUAGCCCUGGCACUCCCAAAUCCCCUGCCAGCAAGGCUGUUGGUGGCAAGCCUCUAGCCGGCACAGGCAAUGAAAUCAAGAAGGUGGCAGUGAUUCGCUCAACCCCUAAAUCUCCAAAGAACCGUUCUCCUUCUUCACUGUCUGCUGCGGUCCCCCUCCCUGACCUGAAGAACGUUCGCCCCAAAGUCGGCUCCACUGAUAACCUGAAGUACCAGCCUGGAGGCGGCCAGGUACAAAUUCUUGAUCAGAAGGUGGACUUCAGUAAUGUCCAGUCAAAGUGUGGCUCCAAAGUCAACCUAAAGCACACACCGGGAGGUGGCAAUGUAAAGAUUCUUGAUCAGAAGGUGGACUUCACUAAUGUCCAGUCAAAGUGUGGCUCCAAAGAGAAUAUCAAACACCUACCGGGAGGUGGCAAUGUGCAAAUUCUUGAUCAGAAGUUGAACUUAAGUAGUGUGCAGUCUAGGUGUGGUUCCAAAGAUAAUAUCAAACAUGUACCCGGAGGUGGCAAAGUCCAAAUCCUCCACAAAAAGAUUGACCUGAGCAGUGUGCAGUCAAAGUGCGGAUCAAAAGACAACAUUCGCCACAAACCAGGUGGAGGAAACAUUGAGAUCAGGUCAGAGAAGCUUGAUUUCAAGGCUCAGUCAAAGGUUGGCUCAAUGGACAACAUCAAACAUGUGGCUGGAGGAGGCUCCAGGAGGAUUGAGUCACACAAACUGAUGUUCCGUGAGCAGGCCAAAGCGCGAACCGACCAUGGUGCAGAAAUUGUCUCUUUAGAGGAGUCGUUACAUGGCUUGAGCACCGUUUCCUCCUCUGGCAGCAUCAACAUGGCAGAUCCGCCGCAACUUUCCACCCUCGCAGACCAGGUGUCUGCGUCUCUGGCCAAGCAGGGCUUGUGAUUGGACCACACCACCAACCAAACACGCCCCUAAACCCCAACCCCCUCCCCUUCAGAAAAACAACAGAUUCACACACAUUCACCUGCCUGAUACGGUAACAUGGCAACACUGAAAGGUGUCAUUUUGUGGCCCAGAAAACAUUGUCAAGUAACCUCUGGCAGACACUGUUCAAUUUUGUAAUAUGUAUGAUUUAUAGGCCAAUGAAGCUGUUUUAAUUGAAUUAUGUAUGAAUUUGCCUGUUCACUUGUCCCUCGCUUUAAGUCAGUAUUCUUGGUGGGAAUUUAGGAAUAUAUAUAAAUAUUGUCCUACAAUCUUCCUCCCUUGACAUAAGUGGAUAUACUGUAUUUAGUAAACAAAAUUGCAUUCAUGUAUUUGUUGAACAUCACGUUUUCUUUUGGAAUGCCAAUUUAAGCCUUUUUCUAUGGUUGAAUCAGGUUACAAUCAGAUUUAAGAUCACAAAUAAGUUGCUAAGAAGCACCUAAAAUAAACAUCUGAGCAUCGUAGAGCACCAUGUCUUCAGAGACAUAGAAACUUAAAGCCCUGCAGUUCAUUUGAAAUUAUGUGUAAGGCAUAAUUGAUGAAAAAAACACUUAUGGUGCGUUCACAUACAACGCGAAUCGAGCGUUUCACGCAGCGCGAUUACAUACAAAGUCAAUCCAUAGACGCAAAUUAGCGGCGGGUGGCGCGAAUAGUGCAAUGUGAAAACGCAAAAUCGCUUCGUUCGCGCGAGUUGAAAUUUUUCACGAAUUCACGUACUGAAGUAGUAGCAGUAAAAAUCAGGAAAAAAUGUGAGAAAAUGGUUGUAGCGUUGUGGAAUUGUAUGACACAAUGUCAAUGUAUCUGGGACUUCCACAACAGAUACAGAGCAGCAAUCGUUGUGAUAUCGGCCAUGGUUGAUGGCGGAAAGAUAAGUUGUCAUUGAAGCCCCUCCUCCUGUCCUUUUCCGGAAGAGAAGGGGGAAUACUCGCUGGUUCACGUUACUCUUGCGAACUCGAGUUUAAACACAAAUUUAAUCUGAAUUUAAAAUGAAUUUCUUUUUCGCGUUGUAUGUGAACGCACCAUUACAGAAAGCUUUGUGAGAGCUUUUGAAAGCUGAAGCCUUUUGGUUCUUUCAAUCUCUCCUUUGUGCCACUGAUCUGAGAUUACACUUUACCAAGAUGAGAGAAGAUGCUCCCUGAGAUAUUUCCUGCAGUAAACCAUGAGAUUCAGAUUACUUCACAGAGAAACACUUUUCUUACAGUAUUAUUCUGUGGAUAUGGGAUGUUUAUUAUAUGAAAACUGUUAUUUUUGUGCCAACUGGCAGUCUUGAUUUAUUGAUUUAAUUUGCGUCAGUGAUAAAUAAAAAUGCCUCUCCUACUUUUAGUUUGUUCUUCAAAGGUGCUGUAAGCAAUUUUUUUUAUGGAAAAAUAUACAAAACAAUUUACUACUCCCUUAAAGAUAUGAAUGAAAUGUGUCCUGAGAUAUCUCACUGUCAGAUAUCGGUUGUUAGACAGCUGUAGACUUUGUAAACCGCUAACAAAAUUGUGUCUGCAGAUACGCUUUUCAACUGUCAAUCAUUUUGCUCGUUCUCAUAGUGUUGUAUUUGUAGGCUAUGAUUCAGAAUGUUUGUCAGUUGAGGGCGCUAUUGUGCCACAAACAGCACUGCUCUUUUGAGACUUGUGACUCUGCAAAACAAAAAUAGGUGUUUUUCUAAUCAGUGGGCCUUUUCAAACCCCUUUACACGAUAUGCCUGCAACAUUGAGAUUCCCUAUUUUCAUUGGAAAGUUGAAAAAACUCCCAUCAUGAUUUGAAAGCACCCACAGAUUGAGAAAUGCCCAUUAUUGUUCUGCAGAGACCUAUACUUUGCUCUUUUGCUCGGUUUUGGUCUCAAAAUUAUCUUUGGAGGGCGGGGUUUUGGAACAAGGGGCGUGGCUAAUUCAACAGCUCAGUCACGUGAAAGCUUCAGAAUGCUAAAAUUGCUUAAAGCACCUUUAACACUGGCAACUAACAAAACAUUAAAUUGAUGUUUGUUGGCAUAAAACUAAAUUAUCUAAAUUAAGUUGUUGCUAUAUGUAUUAAACAAGUUGCACAUGGCAGAUGUUUUUAAGGACAAGUUGCAUGUGUUAGAUUUGGCAGGAGCAAUGAUUGAGAUUUGAUCCAUAACUGCCAAUAGUUUCUCUCUUUUAUUGCUUGUGUGACAACCAGAUGUAAUUUAUAAGAUGAAUUGCCAAAAGGUUCUCCUUAAAGGAAUAUUCCGGGUUCAGUGCAUUGUGGCAUAAUAUUGAAUAUCACCAAAAUCUAUUUCGACCCGUCCCUCCUUUUCUUUCAAAAAAGCUCAAAUCUGGGUUCGCUUACAAUGGAACUGAAUGGGAACAAAUGUAAACAUCAAAAGUAAAGCCACAAGACAUAAACAAUAUGCAUGUAAACAUGAUUUGUGUGAUAAAAUCACUUUUCUAAUCACAUUUCUGCCUUUAAACCCUCCAAAAUUUGCCCCAUUCACUUCCAUUGUAAGACUCUCACUGUAACCUCCAUUUUUACUUCUUUUUUUUAAAAGAAAAACAGGGAUAAAUCGAAUUUUGUGGUAAUUGACAUUAUGCCACAAAUGCUGUCGAUUGAGCUUAACUUGCACUGAACCCGGAAUAAUCCUUCAAGGCACACUCUGGUCUGUUGUAAAUUGCCCUUCACAUUUAUUCUCAUAAUAUGUUGUAUUGUUCUUCACAAAGAAAUCCACUAUAUCACAAGCAUGCCCGUUAGAACGUUCUGAUCUUUUGAACACUUCCUAUUCAGCUGUAUUACAUCUUCGGGUGUUCUAUUCAAUUGAAUGAUGUAAUUUCCUCAACUGAUUCUAUUGCUUAAAUUCUCUCAUUUUGCACUGCACUAUUGCAGAAUGUUUAAUGAGCUUUGAUCCACUCCACACGAUCAUUGCUCCUUGCAUGCAUUUCAUGUAAGCAGCCUGAGAUACUGUGUUGCCUCUUACAUAUAUCCCGUAACUGCUGAUGUGCUUAUUAGGAUAUGUAUGUAGAUAGUAUUCAAAAAGAGCACUACUCAGACGACGACCCCUGUUUCUUUGUGUUGGAGAUGAAGCUGUGUAACUACCAUUAGAUAUUUAAUGUAUGUUUAUUGUAUGUUAAUGACUGUUUCUACAAGGACUUGAAGAGACUUUAAAAAAGCAGAGAAGUUCAGAGACCAUGCUUGCAACACUUUAAUCUGCAUGCUGAAUUGUUUUACAUAGAUUGGCAACAUGUUUCUGAACAUUUUCUGAAUAGGGUGGGUUUUGGUAUGUUAAAGUUUUGGAAACAUGAUGUUGUUCCACUUGUGGUGCUGUUGUGAGAGGAGGGGGAAAUUGAGAGUUUAGCUGACAGGAAGAAAAGAAGAAGAAAAAAAAAAAAGAGUCUGUCUUUUGGUUUCAAUGCCUCACUCUAUAGCACAUGCCACAUGGUUCUGGGUGCAGUUUUGCCAUCCUGUUGUCAUUGACUCCAUGUACCAUUUUUGCAGUUGUACAUUUUAGCUUGGGAACUGUGAUUGUCAAUUUUGUUCUUGUGUGUUUUAUUAAUAACUGGUUUACAAUGAUUCUUGAUGUACAUGUGAAUUUGGAAAUAAAGGGUACUACAAAAUUGAACGUGUUAUUAUCAAUAUUAAGGUACAACGGGUCUAAAGGCCCCAGGGGGGAAGGCACUUUUGAUAUCUCAGUGGAGUAAAAUGCCCCCUUGCCACCUUUCUUUUUUAAUGAAUUAAAAAUAUAUAUACAUAUAUUAUUUUCACACAAAUGUUGUUUCUUCAUCAUGGCCGUGGCAACAAGAGUGGCAAGGGGGUAGCAGCUGCCACCCUAAAAAUGAGCUUUGCCACCCCAAAAAUGUCACAGCUUGCAUACUGGAGACGCUAUUGUAAACACAGACAGUGCGCAACGGCUUAACCCAUCCGUGUCAUCCACGACAACGUUCCGCCAAUAAAGAAAUUAAUUUACUCUUGCAAUACUCGUUACUACUCUUAUUGUGCACAUUCCACUGAAGAACAUCACUUAAAAAUAAUAAUAUAAUGGAUUCAACCAAAUGUAGUAGCUUUAUCCACCUCUGAAAUUACAUUGCUGUCAUUCAUUUUCGGAUGGUUGAGCAGGUGGUUAAUUUUAACGGAAUAUUCCGGGUUCAAUGCAAGUUAAGCUCAAUCGACAGCAUUUGUGGCAUAAAAUUGAUUACCACAAAAAUGUAUUUUGACUCCAUGUUUUUUUUUUUUU